AUGAGUAACUCCAAGCCCAAGAUCUUUACCUUUCAAAAUUUCAACAACGUUGCUGAUGCUGUUGCUGACCAUAUGGUGGCUGUUCAAAAUGCCAUUUUAUUCUCCCAAAAGGACUCAAUCAAGAAAAACUCACGAAGAUCCAAAUCCUUCUCAAACAUCCAACAGGACUCCUUGGAUAAUCCACUAGCUUCUUCAAUUCACAACCCUGCCAGUAAUCCUCGUUAUCAAGAAAAAAGAUUCAAAAUUGCAAUCUCAGGUGGUUCUUUAAUUCAUAUUCUAAAUAAAGGUCUAUUAAAGAGAAACGAUGUCCUAUGGGGCAAAUGGGACAUCUAUUUUGCAGAUGAAAGAUUAGUCCCUUUUGAUUCUCCUGACUCUAAUUUCGGUCUAGCAAAGUCUUUAAUCUUUGAUGAAUUUGACAUUUUAUCCACCUACGAUUUUAAAAAAAACGGUUACCCAAAUGUUUAUCACAUUAAUCAAGAUCUAAUCGACGAUCCCUCUGAAUGUGCUGAUGACUACGAAAAAAUUUUAAUCAAAAACUUUGCCUACAAGGACUCAGUUCGUCUCCCAACUUUCGACUUGUUUCUAUUAGGCUGUGCAGCUGAUGGUCAUACUGCUUCAUUGUUUCCUUUCAGCGAAUCUUUGAAAAAUUUCGAUGAAUGGGUAAUACCUGUAACUGAUGCACCAAUUGGUCCCCAAAAUAGAGUUUCUCUAUCCAUCCCAAUAAUUUGUCACUCAAUCAGAUUGAUCUUUGUUGUUGAAGGUGCAAACAAGGCCCCAAUCUUGAAAAAAAUCUUUGAGAGUGAGGAUCUUGAUGACACUUUACCAAGUAGUGUUAUCCACAAAAAGGCUGCAGGAAAAGUCUCUUGGUUUGUUGAUAAUGAUGCUCUAAAUGACCUUCAAAUUAACAAGCAGCAAUACCAAUUCCAAUACCCAAUCCCUUCCUCAGUAUCAAUCACCUCUCCACUCUAA